AUGACAAACGCAAGUAAACUGGCCAAGGUGGCACUGCCCUUGGCUGUGCCCGGCAUCCUCAGCCUGAUGCCGGGAACAGUUUUCGCUUCCAACGAGGUCAAAGAGAACAGUUCCACUCUGGCAAUUGAUGAGCUCUCUCUGUAUACCUCACCCCCACCGCACCCUAAACCUGAGCACCCUCAGGAACCCGGGGUGGGCCACGUGGAACAGGGUGUGGCCACGCUCAGGAAGCUCGCCGAACCCUACACGUCCAAGGCCCAGGAGAUUGGUCUCUUGGCUCUGGAGAAAGCUCAGGAGACAUACCAAACCGUGGAGCCCAGUGUAAGCAGCACCAUACAGAUCGUAAAAGAUACCUAUGAGUUCCUGAACGACCCCCCGUCAGAGUUCUACCCCAGUGUUGGUGUUGUGGGGUUCUCCGGAAUCCUGGGACUUUACCUAGCCAAAGGAUGCAGGGUGAGAAGACUGGUCUACCCUACUGGACUCAUGGCUCUGAGUGCCUCCAUGUUCUACCCUCAGCACGCUGCCUCUGUUGCCAAGAUGACCAAAGACCUGACGUACAGCUGGGGGUCUCAGGGCUGGGUUGCUGUGGAGACACUCUGGAAAGGGAAACCGUUAGCCAAGGACAAGGUAAAUCAACAGAAUGAUGGCCUAUCUAACAGGCAGUCCCUUAUCACCCCAGCGUUGUGA